AUCAGCUAUAUCGUCAGCAUCGUCAAAUUUUUGUUUUCGACGACCCUUUUAAAACCCUCAAAAAUAAGUCUCUACCAAAAAACCUCUCUCUCCAGAAACCAAAUCACACUUACAUCAUAAAUCCUCUGUACAUAACCCAAAAAAAACCCUAGAAACGAAGAAAGAUCAAGAUGGGUUUGAUUAGCAAAGAAGAGAUAAGCAAAACAAGAAGAUAUUCAUCUUCUCUUUGGAGAGGUAUCAAAACGAUCUUUGUUCUCUUCACUAUGUUUCUCUCUUUCAUCAUCUUUUCUGCUCCGAUCUUCCUCGCCGUCGCCGACGCCGUCCUCCCCUCCGCAAUCCUCUCAUCCUCCUCACCCUCCCUCAACCGCCUAUCUCCUUCUAGUUUUCCGGCGACGAUUUAUUCUUACCUCAGUAACUACGAUUUCCGUUACUCUCUCAUCGACAUACCUCUCAUCUCCAUAAUUAGAUCUGCCAUUAUACUAUGCGUUUACGGGCUUUGUGACGGACCAAAGUUAUCAAGGGGACCAUAUCUGACAAUAACGAUGAUAUGCUCGAUAUCUUCACUGAUAUACGUAUCGUUCAAGGCAGCAAUUGUAUUCGGAGAGCCAGUGAUCGGAGGAUAUUUCCGAACAGAGGAAAUGGCUCUCUUUCUAUGUUCUUGGAUCUUAGCCAUCGGUCACAUCGUUGUGGCGUACCGUACAAGUUGUAGAGAGAGACGAAAGCUCCUAGUCUUCAAAAUCGACAUCGAAUCCGUAAGUUCACUUUGAUUUUUCUUAUUUUAUUAACUUUUAGCCGUUACAUAAAGCAUUAUUAGCAUUAAAAAAAUGAUAUAGGCCGUAUCAAAAUUGUUUAUUUUUCAAAUCUAGCAUUAGUUAUUUGUUUUUAUAUCUUAAGAUAUUGUUCUUCUACCACUAAUACAGAUCAGACUCGGUCAGAAAUAGCAUGUGACUUCAGAUAUUACAUUAUAGUCACCGUCUUGAAUUAAUUUUCACAUUUUUUUUGGUACCAAGUGUUAUUGUAGGUUUGAAAAUGACUAGUCAAUUGAGAAGGUUUGAUUUUUCACUCCCAACAAAAACUAGAGGAAAUUGUAUUUUGAUUAGCACUUUCUUAUGUAUAAAAUCACUUUGAUUCAAACCUAAUUAGAUAGUGACGAAUAAAUAGUAUUAAUUACUUAUAUAUAAUAAGAAUAAGAAUAAAUCGACAUUUUCCCUCGAAUAAAAGAAAGAGUGAAACGGAUGUUUCCGAGUGGGAACCGUGUGGGAUGAAUAAUGAUGGACGACUGCUUUAUAUAAUCUUCGUAUUUAAUGUUACUUUCAAUUAAAUUUUUAUAAGAUAUUAAUAGACAUGACAACGUCACUAACACCUAAAACAUGGCUCAUGAUUUUAGUUGAAGUGUGACUAAUAAAUAUAUAUAUUCCAAUUUGCAGGUUUCAGCUUGUAAAAAUGUGUUUCCCAGAUAUCAAAAAAUCCUCCAACAAGAGAGACUCAAAUAGCUAGCUAUAUUCGAAGUCAAUCGUCACAUGUACAUAUAUACUUACAGUACAAGCUACAUGUAUAUAAAUAUACGUAUCUAUGCAACAUCUACUGGGUUUUGGUCUCCUUUCAUGUUCGAGAAAAGUCCAAAGGAUAUAAUCUGUAAAGGAGGAAGGAACAGAUAACGAAUGGGGCUUAAUAUAUAUAACCUAUGCUUUUCCAUGUGAGACUACAAAAGACAACUCCAAUGAAUUGGCAGUUGUUACUAUACUAUAGAUUUUAAAUUAGGUAUAGACACAAAGAAAAGGAAGAACAUUAUACUAGUUCUUCUUACAAAUGAUCCACCGUUACACUUUUGUCCUUUUUGUUUGUUUGUAUAAACCAUAUUUUCAUCAAUGAGAUAAGAAGCCGAAGGCAUCUUUCUUCCAUUUCUCUAUUUCUUCUUUUAUACCUUUUUAAAGAAAAUAAAAAUAAGAACCGAG